UUUAAAUUUUUUAAAUUUUAAAUUUGAAGAUUUGUACAGAUCAAUAGUUAUUGUUAUCUUUUGUAUAACAUUUAUGGUGAUGAAAUUUAUGAUAAAAUUAUUUAAUGCUAAUGAAUAAUGGAGAUAAUUAAUGGAGAAACCAAAUGAAAAAAAGAACUGUAUCUAGUUGUCAAAAUUCUUUGAUAUGGAAGCUAAAUAGAGCCCAGUUAUAUGGAGGUGUUCAGCAUCCUAAAACGAACAAAAAGUUUCAAUAUUUUGAGGCACCUUGCACUAAAUAUCUAAUAAAGCUUAAACUGCUACAAAAUGAAAAAGUUUUUAAUAAUGGACACAUAUUUCUCGGAUUUUCAGCAGAUGGUGGAUAUCUUGUAUCCUAUCGUUGUGAAAUGAUUACAGAUGUUGAUCUUAUGGUAUCUGUACGUUAUCGGUAUUUUCUCUACUGGUGGCUGUUUGAUUUGUGGAAACCAUUGCAGAAGAUUCGUAAAGUUGAACUGUUUGUCAAUGAAAAUAUUUCUCAAGAGCUUUAUCUAUUAUUUUGUGAAUCAUUUCAAAAUGAAUAUAUUGUUGUACAUGGAAGCACUUAUAAUAGUAAUGAUUAUUCUGACAACGGAUCUUUAUGUUAUCUUUCUGUAAUUCCAACCAAUAUUAAUAGCGAAUCUGAAUACGCAAUCAACCUCCGCUACGAACUUCUUCCACCUUAUCCGCCUUUUAUGAUAUCAGUAUGUGUAAAAUUAAAAAAUGUUAUUUUACUUAACUCUGGUGAUAUAUUGUUUGCAAUUAUAUUGAAUGGUGGCAAUUGUUUCAAAUCGAAAAACGUUUUUCAAAAUAAAUUAUGUUACUGUGGUAUCUGGAAAUAUUCCGUUCCUAUAAUUGAUAACUUUCUUAAAAUCAAAGAAGAAUCUGAACUAUCAGGCCUUAUUGUCAAUGAAGAGAAUAAUGUCAGUAGUUUUAGAAUACCGUCGUGCGUUUCAUAUGUUAUACAAGGAUUUUCUUUGCAGAACGAAGAAGAACUAGAGGAAUCUCCUGAAAGUUUUUUUGAUUGCACGUCUAUUGUCUUGCCAGUUCAAGUUUUUUUUAAUGAUAAACGAUUAAAUGUUUCAUGCGAACAUCGAUGCUUUGUAGAUCAAUCCAGUUCUAUUAUUGAUGCAGAUUUUGUUGUUGGUCAGGCGCAAUUUAAUGCUGAGACUUUUUUGAAUGAAAAAAUUCAGGAAAUAGAGGAGGUGAAAGAGAGAUAUGUUUCAUUGCGAGAUUACGACAUGCAAUUUGCUGAGGUCUGUGAAACUACAAAUGAAGUGGUUAUUCUUUUAAAUGCUUUAGUUAUUUUACGUGAAAAUGUAAAUGUUUGUGGAGACGUCAAUCAGCGGUCAAAUAAACUAUUACUUUACAGAUUUGGGUAUAUUGUCACCUGGAAUGUAUACACAAAUAGAAUAACCGUUUUACACGCAAUCAAACCUAUUUUGGAUGGAGUUGGAUCAGAAAACAAAUCACAAAACUUUUCUCCCAGUCUCUCUGCAAUGAUUCAAUUAAGAAAGAAGUGGUUCAUCCCUGUUGGAAAGCAUGCGUCCGUUCAAUCACUUUCAAAUCACACCGUUUUUACUGGUUCGUCUUUACCACGUAUUCAUCACCCUUUCUUUCCUAUAACUAUUAUUAUGUAGUUUUUUUUUUUAUUAAGUUAAAUAAAAGUGUUAAAAACUUAAUAAAAUUAAA